AUGUCGACGCGCUGCCUACAUACGUUGCCACGCUUUACCACGCGUGCGGCCGGUGCAGGCGGUGCGGGCGGCCCGUCUGCGCGAGCUGCAUUGGCGCGGACCGUAGCGUCUAGUGUUACGACGUAUCGGUAUGAGAAUGGGCGGCGGUAUCAUGCUUAUAAGGACGGCGCGUACUACCAGCCCAACGACGACAAGCAAGCCAGCGCCGGGACGAUAGAACACCACCUCUGGCUGCUCACACUGCGGGACGCGCUCUUCCUGGCGCCGCUGGAGAACCCGCAACGGGUGCUGGACGUGGGGACCGGGACCGGUCUCUGGGCAGUCGACAUGGCGGACCGGUACCCAGCCGUCGAAGUAAUCGGGACGGACCUCUCACCAACGCAGGUCCCGUUCGCGCCGCCCAAUGUCCGCUUCGAGAUAGACGACUGCUGCUCCGAGUGGACGUACCCGGCCAACAGCUUCGACCUGAUCCACGUGCGCGGCUUGGUGGGCAGCGUCGCCAACUGGCCCGCGUUUUACGCAGAGUGCAUGCGCCAUUUGCAGCCUGGGUUGGGCUAUCUCGAGCAGUUGGAGUUUGACGUCCGCUUUGAGAGCGAGCCGGACGACGAGGCGGAUAAGGCGCUUUUCGAUCGCUUGGGGGACUUGUUUGUCGAGGCGGGCGUGCGCAUGGAGAAGUCGUUUAAGAUUGCGGAGAAUAUGCGCGCGAGGAUCGAGGAGGCCGGCUUCGUCGACGUCGUCGAGCGCCGCUUCAUGUGGCCCAUCGGGACGUGGCACGCGGACGAGCGGCUCAAGGAAAUCGGCCACUGGAACAUGCGCAACUGGGAGAAUGGCAUGGAGGGGUGGAUCCUGGCGCUGUUGACUAGGACACUGGGCUGGUCGUACGACGACGUCCAGCUCUAUGAAGCAAGACUCUUGAAGGCGCUGCGUGAGCGCAAUGUGCGUGUUAGGCAUUACGUGUGA